AUUUCCCCUUCCUGCCUUGCCUCCUCGUCUCCUUCUCUGCUGCUCUCCAAGCUCUUCCUGCUUCCAUCAGGUUGUCUCGAGAAAGAUUGGAGUUUUUGGUGGUUUGGGUUGUGCGGUUCUUGCUUUUGUUGGCGCAAGCGCAUGGCUGGUUCUGGGACAUAGUGAGCUGAGAUAGAGUUCUUGUGUUCGGUGGAGUUUGGCUUUGGUGAAUCUUCGAUUCAAGUCUGGAGAUGGCGCGUUUUCAGGAAACCAAGGCGAGGAAUGAUCAAGGACCUGUUGCUGAUCAUGUUGGGCACCAAAACCUCAUGGAAAACCUCACAGAUCCUCUGGAUUCCAGUGGCAUGGACAUGAUGGACGAAGCGCGAAUUCCUAAGGCGCGGAAGCCAUACACGAUAACGAAGCAAAGGGAGAAAUGGACCGAGGACGAACAUAAGCUGUUCUUGGAAGCCCUGCAGCUCCAUGGCCGAGCCUGGCGACGCAUCCAAGAGCACAUAGGCACCAAGACUGCCGUGCAGAUCAGGAGCCACGCACAGAAGUUCUUCUCCAAGGUCAUCAAAGAAUCAUCUGGGGACAAUUGCAACAGCUUGGGUGCUGCAUCAUCAAUUCAGAUUCCCCCGCCGCGGCCGAAGCGUAAGCCUGUUCAUCCGUACCCACGCAAUCUAGGGAGCACAGCCAGCAAGAACGUCCCUGCACUGAAACAGCUAGAGAAGCCUCAGCUGCAGGUGCAGUCUCUCUACGACCAGGACAAUGGGUCGCCGACGUCAGUGUUAACAGUACCACAGAUACGGGCUGAUACACUGGGAAGUGAGAGUGGUGGGUCGCCAACCUCGACGAUUGAUAUUGAAGAGAGAUGUCCUACACCAAGCAUAGCAACUGCUGAGUUAGCUAUGGAGUUGCCUCCUACAAAUGACGAGGAGGUCAAGGGCAAUGGCGAUCAUGAAGAAGUUACAUGUGACAGAUCAGGAGUUCCAGUCCUUAGGCUAUUUGGCAAGAGGGUUAUGGUGAAUGAUUUACAUCAGAUGUCAGCCCCUGAUGCCGGGAACCUGCAAACUGUGGCAGACAUGGAAGUGGACGCUUCAGCUGAGACACCAACUAGUGGAACUGGGAAAUUCUCUUCCCAUGGUGCAGCAGAAGCAAAUACAUGGAACCCAUGGCUGACUAACACACAGCAGUUUCUGUAUUAUCUUCCUAACGGACAAAUUUUCUCCGUGCAUUCUGCUCUCCCAUGCUUCACCUACCAUAAUGAGGGUGUUACUUGCACCCAGUUUUCAAACCCACAGGUGGUAGCCUCAGAUCAACAGCAUCAACACCAAACUUCUGAAGCUGUAGAUUACAAGGGUAUACAGAGGGAAGGAUCUUGGACGGAGUCAAAUACAUCCUCAAGCAGUGUGCCUGAAACAGCAACUCAUAAUUCAGAGACUACAGAAUCAUAUAGAAACGGAAACAGAAACGAAGAUGAAAUGGUACCUUCUCCAGAUUCAAGAAAAUGUGUGAGCCCAGGUUCCAACUGCAGGCGAGGCUUUGUGCCGUACAAGAGAUGUGUUGCUGAUAGUGAGGCGCUGCUGAAGUCACAGGCGCCUCAGGAGGAGGCAGACGGAGAGAUGACGAGGCUGUGCUUAUAAAUUUUUGGAGCCUCGUAGAUCACUGCAACUAUAGAUGCUUGCUACUAAUAUUUUGUUCACAGAUGAGUAGGAACUGAUGUACUGCAGGAGGGGCUGCUUUCCUGUUACAAGAGGCAGAUUGAAACCGCGUUAGUACUCCACAAAACAGGGAGUGGCCGUGGUUCUUGUCUGGCCAUGUACAGUUCAAAUAUUCUAUGUUUCCAUUUUCCUCGUCGUGUGUUUGUAAUUUCGCUCCCAUUGCGGGAGCGUUCAGAGGUCAAUGGCUGUCAUGCAAUGACAAGUAUUUUGAUAGAGUUGUAGAAGGGUUGUACUGAUGUAAAUUAUACAGUAACUUAUUAUCUGUAAGACAAUAACAGGCGAGCUAAAGAAAACAACGUUGGAAAGCUUUGUUCAGUA